UACAGAGGAUAAUUCUAUAGAUGAAGGGGUGCUAGAUGGCUUUUCUGCAGAUGUUGAAGAAGAAGCGAGAGGAGUAGAUCCUGUCCCUGUAGAUGUUGGGAUGAAAGAAGUAGAUUCUGUCAUAGUGCUGGAGCUACCUUCAGGAGCCUUGCUUGUUGACUCUUUAGCAGGUUCUGCUGUCUUCUGCCCUUGGCUGGUAGAUACAGCAACGGUUGUCGAUGUUGGCUCAGCAGUUGUCGAUGUCACGACAUUCUCACCAUGUGUAACCUUCUCAAUUUCAUCUCUUCCAUCGGUGCUCAAACCCACAGAUCCGGUCGUGUCAGUGCCUAUAGUGGUUGUUUCAGUUGCACUAGGCGCAGGAGUCGUUACAGCUCCUGACGUAGUCAUGAAAGGAACGGAGGUUCUUGGCUCUGUUGUGACAUCACUUGUAACUUUCGCAGCUGCGGGAGUUGUAGAGCCUUCCGACGCAGCUGAAGGGCUAGAGGAUUCAACCUUCUUAGCUGAAGAAGGGGUUGUAGUUGCUUUGGUUGCGGGUUCUCCCUUGGUGCCUAGUGUAGAGCUUGCAAUCUCAGUAGUGGGAGAUACAGACGGUCGAGAUGAGAGUGUGACUGAUGCACUAGGCGCAGGAGUCGUAACAGCUCCUGACGUAGUCGUGAAAGGAACGGAGGUUCCUGGCUCUGUUGUGACAUCACUUGUAACUUUGGCAGCUGCUGGAAUUGUAGAACUGCCUUCUGAUGCAGCUGAAGGGCUAGAGGAUUCAACCCUCUCUGCUGAAGAAGGGGUUGUAGUCAGUUUAGUUGCGGGUUCUCCUUUGGUACCUAGUGUGGAGCUUGCAAUCUCAGUAGUGGGAGAUACAGACGGUCGAGAUGAGGGUGUGACUGGUUCAGCCCUUAUCUCCUUUUCAGUCGAUGAGGUGGUAGAUUCUCCCCCACUAGUAAUGGUAGCAGCUGUGGAGGUUUCAGAAGAUUUAGGAGUUGUUAAGGAUGUACCCUGA